AUGCCUCCCGAACAGUCUCAUGAAUCUUCCGCAGGGCGUCGCCACCGCCAUCUCUCCGGUGCUGAGAGUGAAAACGCUGUCACGGUUUUCGAUACUGUGCAGCCAUCCAUCGAUGGUGUUGCUGAUGACUUGGAGAAGACCACCAAGAUCAACACUGAGGACAACAGCCAGGAGUAUGUCAGCGGAGUCAAACUUGGUCUCAUCGUCGUUUCGGUCUCCCUGGCUUGCUUCCUGACAGUGAUGGAUAUUUCUGUUAUCAGUACUGCAAUUCCCAAGAUCACCGACGACUUCAAAUCCCUAGUUGACGUUGGCUGGUAUGGCAGUGCGUAUAAUCUGGGCAGUGCGGCACUGGUGCCUCUGACUGGCAAGAUGUACAAUCACUUCAACCUCAAGGUAUAUGACUCCCAAUGA